GAGGGGAAGAGGAAAAAUAUGCAAUAAGUUACAAGAGCCGCGCGAGUCAAACCGUGGAAGGUUUUCCGCACGCGUUUCGUAAGAGCACACGAUAGUAAAACGAGAGUUGGGAACACCCCCUGAUUAAGUAGCAGAUUGUGGGGAAUUUCUUCCCACUUGGAAAGAAGCUUUCUUUCUGGGACACUUGCAGUCGGACCUCCAAGUCGGCACGAAACGUCUGCCACUGCCCCUGAACGCAUCGAUCCGCAUUUGGAGGAACUUCUCCACUGAAGAAAUUACAUUUUGUUUUAUUUUUUGUUCCAGCAAUCAAUUUUCCACAGAUCCAUUCAUGCGCUGCUGAGCUAAAAAAGGCUGCAGAAUGAAGAUGGGGCUGUCUCUGGCAGCGGUGGCGCUCCUCGCAGCGCUCAUGUCCUCAGUGGACGCUCAAGUUCAACCCCCCUCUGACUUGAAAUUUAAAAUUCUAAAUGAGAACUCAGUAGAGAUGUCAUGGAGGAGACCUGUAACUGCAAUACAGGGUUACAGAAUACAAGUGGUAUCAGACACAGAUGAACCUGCCAGGGAGUUAAAUCUUCCAGCUUCUGCCACUCAAACGUCCAUCUCGGAUCUGACUCCUGAUCUAGAUUAUGUAGUUACAAUAACUUCAUUUUACGGGGCAGAGGAAAGCAUUCCCAUCUUUGGCCAGCUUACCAUUCAAUCCAGCGACAUGUAUGCAACACGGAAGCCCCAGGUGUCGGAUGCAGUCACAUGCUCUGUCAGCGCCAUCACAGACCUAGUCUUCCUGGUGGACGGCUCCUGGAGCGUGGGCCGGGAAAACUUCAAGUUCAUUCGCAGCUUCAUGGCGGCCAUGGCCGGCGCUUUCGACAUCGGGGAGGACAAGACCAGGGUGGGCGUGGUCCAGUACAGCACCGACACACGGACAGAGUUCAACCUGAACCAGUACUUCAAACGGGGCGAGCUUCUUCGCGCCAUAAACACCUUACCUUAUAAGGGCGGCAACACCAUGACAGGUGAUGCCCUGAAUUACCUGCUGAAGAACACCUUCACGGAGGCAGCCGGGUCCAGGAAGUCAUUUCCCAAGGUGGCCAUGAUCAUCACAGAUGGAAAAUCGCAGGACCCAGUGGAGGAGCAUGCAAGGAAGCUGAAGAACAUCGGGGUGGAGGUUUUUGUCUUGGGCAUCAAAGGAGCAGAUGAGGACGAACUGAAGGAGAUAGCUUCCACACCUUAUAAGAACCACGUCUUUAAUGUCCCCAACUUUGACUUGAUCAAGGACGUGCAGCGGCAGCUUAUUAAUGAAGUGUGUGCUGGAGUUGAAGACCAGCUCGCAUCCCUUGUGAGUGGAGAAGAAGUGGUUGAAUCGGCUUCAAACCUUCAAGUGACUGAGAUAUCGUCCAAGUCCAUGCGCGUCACCUGGGAUGCGUCACCAGGGGAUGUGACAGGGUACAAACUACAGCUGCUCCCCAUGCUGGCUGGGAUCAAGCGGCAGGAGCUGUACGUUGGCCCCACGCUGACCUCAGUCACCGUCAGGGACCUGGCACCCGAGACUGAGUAUGAGAUCAGCCUGUUCGCCUUGAAGGGCUUGACACCCAGCGAAGCCAUAAUGGCCAUGGAGAAGACCCAGCCCAUCAAGGUGUCCUUGGAAUGUUCCCUUGGAGUGGAUGUACAGGCAGACGUUGUCCUCCUGGUUGAUGGCUCAUACAGCAUUGGAUUGGCCAAUUUUGCCAAAGUUAGAGCUUUUCUGGAAGUGCUUGUGGAGUCCUUUGACAUCGGACCCAACAAAGUUCAGAUCAGCUUGGUUCAGUACAGCAGGGAUCCACACACCGAGUUUGCCCUGAACACGCACCAUGACCGCAGCGCUGUGCUCAAGGCGGUGAGGACCUUCCCCUACAGAGGAGGUUCCACCAACACAGGCAAAGCCAUGACAUACGUGAGGGAGAAGAUCUUCGUGUCCUCCAGAGGAGCUCGCUCCAACGUGCCAAGGGUCAUGAUUCUAAUUACGGAUGGAAAGUCCUCCGAUGCCUUCAAGGAUCCGGCCACCAAACUGAGGAACACUGACGUGGAGAUCUUCGCCGUGGGUGUCAAGGACGCCGUCCGCUCCGAGCUAGAGGCCAUCGCAAACCCACCUGCAGACACUCACGUCUACACGGUAGAGGACUUUGAUGCCUUCCAGAGGAUUUCCAAGGAGCUAACUCAGUCCAUCUGCCUGAGGAUCGAACAGGAACUCCUCAACAUCAAAAUCAGAAAAUUAAUCUCUCCGGAGUCUCUGCAGUUCUCCGAGGUGACGUCUAGAAGCUUCCGCACCACCUGGGACUUCAAAGGGACGGACGCUCUGUCCUUCCUGGUUCGCUUUAAGCCCUCGGCGGACGUGACGGGGGAUUACGUCACCCUCUUCGUUCCAGCCGACACCCUGACUGUCGUCUUGCCCCACCUUACUCCCCUUACCAAGUACGAGGUCAACGUGUUCGCCCAGUAUGAGCAGGGGGACAGCUUCCCCCUGACUGGAGAGGAAACAACUCUGGAGGAACAAGGCACAGUGAAACGGCUAAGGGUCUCAGAUGAAACGACAGACAGCUUCCGGGUCUCCUGGCAGGCCGCCCCAGGGGGCGUGUUGAGAUACCGGCUGACCUAUGUGCCGGUCCAAGGCGGCGUGGAGAUGCAGGAGGCGUUCACCGAAGGACCGGACACCUCCAUUGUUCUUCAGGAGCUGUUCCCCAUCACCACCUACCGCGUGUCUGUGUCUGCAGAGUAUCAGUCUGGACUGGGACAGCAAAUGUUCACCGAAGGCACUACCAAAGAAGCACGGGGGUCCCCUCGAAACCUGCGGGUCUUCAACGAGACCGUGUCCAGCAUGCGGCUGUCGUGGCAAGCAGCACCGGGAAGGGUGCAGCAGUACCGCGUGGCGUAUAAACCAUCCACCGGUGGAGAGGGCAAGGAGAUGAUGGUGAGAGGUGACACCACCAGUGCCCUGCUGAAGAACCUGCAGCCCGACACGGAGUACGAGCUCUUCGUCAGUGCACGCUACACCUCAGGCCUCGGCGACCCGCUGAUGGGAACCGGAACCACUCUGGAAGAACUGGGUUCCCCUAAAGAUCUGGUCACCAGAGAUGUGACAGACACCAGCUUUGCCGUGCUGUGGACCGCCGCCCCCGGGAAUGUGCUGCGUUACCGUGUCACGUGGCAGUCGCUGUUCACUGACGAGUCUGGCGAGAAGUCCGUCCCUGGAGACAUGACCAACACCGUGCUGGACAGGCUCACCCCAGAAACUCGAUACCGGGUCUCCGUCUACGCCACCUACCGCCGUGCAGAGGGGGAGCCACUCGUCGGAGAAGAGACCACAGAUAUUACUGCUGCAGGGAAAGCUCUGGCCGUCUCUGACGAGACUGAGCGAACCCUGAAGGUCACCUGGAAGCCCGCUCCGGGCAAGGUGGUGAACUACCGGGUCUCGUACCGGCCCGAGGGUAGCCAGACGCGGCCUAUGGUCGCCAAGGUGCCCGGCACCAACACAUCCACCAUCCUGAGGCGGCUGCAGCCCAUGACCACCUAUGACAUCACGGUGGUGCCCGUCUACAAGCAGGAAGAAGGAAAAGCAAGGCAAGGAGUAGGACGGACACUCUCACCGUAUAAGUCGCCAAGAAACCUGCAGACAUCUGAGCCCACCAAGCACAGUUUCCGGGUCACCUGGGACCACGCUCCAGGAGAUGUGCGUGGCUACAAGGUGACCUUCCACCCUACGAGUGACGAGGUGGACCUGGGCCAGCUGCUUGUUGGGCCCUAUGACAACACCGUGGUGCUGGAGGAACUGAGGGCUGCAACCAGGUAUACAGUGAGUGUGUUCGGAAUGUUUGACGGAGGUGAAAGCAUGCCAUUGGCUGGGCAGGAGAAGACCACCCUCUCUGAUGGGCCAGAUCCCCCACCAUUCACUGUGCCAGAGGUGGCAUGCAGGACCACCGCUCAGGCUGACAUCGUCCUCCUGGUGGAUGGGUCAUGGAGUAUCGGGCGUCUGAACUUCAAGACUAUCCGAUCAUUCAUCGGCCGCAUGGUGGGAGUGUUCGACAUUGGACCGGACAGAGUGCAAAUCGGUCUCGCUCAGUAUAGUGGUGACCCCAAAACCGAAUGGCACCUGAACACUCAUAAAACUCGGGAAUCAUUGUUGGAGGCCGUAGCCAACCUACCUUACAAAGGAGGCAACACCUUGACAGGUCUGGCUUUAAAUUACAUCCUUCAGAACAACUUUAAGCCUAAUGUUGGAAUGCGGCCAAACUCCCGCAAAAUUGGAGUGCUCGUCACUGACGGCAAGUCACAGGAUGACAUCAUCGUUAACUCCCAGAAGCUACGUGACGAGGGCAUCGAGCUCUAUGCCAUCGGUGUCAAGAAUGCUGACGAGAAUGAGCUUCGGUCCAUCGCCUCGGACCCGGAUGACAUUCACAUGUAUAACGUGGCUGACUUCUCCUUCCUCCUCGACAUUGUGGACAGCCUCACAGUCAACCUUUGUAACAGCGUGAAGGGCUCAGACGGUGGACUUGGGGCACCUACAGACCUGGUGACCUCUGAAGUGACCCAUACCUCCUUCCGGGCCACUUGGACUGGACCCAGCGAGCCGGUCGAUAGGUACCGCGUACAGUACAUGACGGUUUCUGGAACCCAACCUAGAGAGACGUUUGUUUCGGGGACUGUGACCACUGCCGUGCUGAAGAACCUGACCCCCCUGACGGAGUACAUCGUCAAUGUUUACGCUAUGCUUGAGGAUCAGACCAGUGAGCCUUUGAAAGGCACUGAAACUACCUUGCCCCUUCCCUCUGUGAGGAGCAUGACGGUCUAUGACGAACAGCCCACCACCAUGAGGGUACGCUGGCAGGCUGCAGCCGGUGCUACAGGGUACCUGCUGCAGUACAUGGCCAUAAAUGCCACCGUACCCACCACGCAGAAAGAGCUGCGAGUCGGCCGAGAUGUGACCACAACCCUCCUGGAGAGCCUCAUCCCCAACACAGCCUACACUCUGUCCAUCUUUGCUCUUCACAGUGGUGCAACCAGCGACCCUCUGUCCGACCAGGGUGUCACCUUGCCUCUGCCCACUGGAAAUCUGAGGAUCACGGACGUCACCCACAGUACCAUGAAUCUCGACUGGGAUGCCGCGCCAGGGAACGUGCGCAAGUAUAUCAUCACAUACAAGCAUGAGGACGCAGAGGCUAAGGAGACUGAAGUCUCAGGUCAUGUGACGACCACAGUGCUUCGUGACCUCAUCUCCCAAACCGAGUACGAUGUGGCAGUCACCCCAGUGUACGAUACAGGAUCGGCUAACCCAAUGCUCGGACAUGCUGUGACUGGUGUUGUCCCUGCCCCCAGUAACCUAAGGUUCUCAGAUGUUACCUUGAGCAGCUUCAUCGCCCACUGGGAGCACGGUGCUCCUGAUGUAGCCCUCUACCGAAUCAAAUGGGCCAAGCAUGGCCAAGACGACUUUCAAUAUGCCAUCCUGAACAAUGACGACACCUCCUAUCUGCUGGAAUAUCUGGAUUCCGACACCCUGUAUGAUGUGUUCAUCACAGCCAUCUACCCCGAUGAGUCCGAGAGCGAGGAUCUGAUGGGCAGCCAGCGCACAUUGGCAGACAUUCCUACGCCUGCACCAACGGGGCCCCCUCAGAACCUGCAGGUCUACAAUGCCACCACCACCUCCCUGACAGUGAAAUGGGACCACGCCCCAGGCCGCGUCCAGAACUACCGCAUCACCUACAGACCGGAGGAGGGGGGCAGGCCCCAGAUGACUCCAGUGCCCCGCAGUGCGCCAAGGAAUCUCCGCGUCUACGACCCCACCACCAGCACCCUGAGCGUGAGUUGGGAUCAUGCCGACGGGCCCGUCCAACAAUAUCGCAUCGUCUACGCCCCCACCACCGGAGAUCCCAUCGAGGAAAAUGUAUCUGUCCCUGGGAACAGAAACAGCGUCAUCCUGCAGAACCUGCAGCCAGACACCCCCUACACCAUCACCGUGGUGCCCAUAUACGCUGACGGCCCAGGAGGCGAGCUCACAGGACCGGGCCGUACAGUCGGCCUCCUGGAGCCCCGAAACCUGCGUGUCUCUGACGAGUGGUAUACACGCUUCCGCGUGUCCUGGGACCCUGCACCCUCCCGCGUCAUUGGUUACAAGAUGAUCUACCAGCCCCAAGAUAAGGACGAGACAAUGGAGGUAUUUGUUGGGGACGUGACUUCGUACAUCCUCCACAAUUUGCAACCUGGGACCACAUAUGACCUCAAGGUCUACGCCCAGUAUGACGCUGGUCUGAGUGGAGCCUUAGUUGGACAAGGAACGACAUUGUACUUGAACGUCACUGACCUAGUGACGUACAACGUUGGCUAUGACAGGUUCUGCAUCAGAUGGACGCCCCACAGAGCAGCCACCUCGUACAGAAUCAAGCUCAACCCCUUUGACCCGUCGAAGCGAGGCCAGCAGGAGAUCACUGUCACGGGCUCCGAGAGCCAGAACUGUUUCGAAGGCCUCUCCCCGGACUCCUUGUACAAUGCCACCGUCUUUGCUCAGACGCCCAACCUGGAGGGCCCUGGAGUGAGCGCUAAGGAGCGGACCUUGGUGAAGCCCACAGAACCUCCAACGCUGCCCCCAACUCCGCCCCCACCUCCCACAAUCCCUCCUGCUAUGGAAGUGUGUAAAGGUGCCAAGGCCGAUCUGGUGUUCCUCAUCGAUGGGUCAUGGAGUAUUGGAGACGACAACUUCAACAAAGUUUUGAAUUUUGUGUUCAGCACCAUCGGCGCCCUCGAUAUCGUAAGCCCUCAAGGAAUGCAGAUAUCUUUCGUGCAGUACAGCGACGACGCCAAGACAGAGUUCAAACUCAACACCUACCAUAACAAGGGGACUGUGUUAGCCGCCCUGCAACUUGUCCGUUACAGAGGAGGAAACACCAAAACAGGGGUGGCCCUCAAACACGUUGGUGAGAAGGUCCUCACCCCAGACAACGGCAUGCGGAGAAACGUGCCCAAGGUCUUGGUGGUUGUCACAGACGGCCGCUCUCAAGACGAAGUGAAGAAGAGUGCUUCGACGCUGCAGCAUAUGGGUUACAGCCUGUUCGUCAUUGGCGUGGCUGAUGUGGAUUUCGCCGAGUUGCGUAAUAUCGGCAGCAAGCCGAGCGAACGGCACGUCUUCAUUGUAGACGAUUUCGACGCCUUCGCAAAGAUUCAGGAUAAUCUCAUCACGUUCAUCUGCGAAACGGCUACAUCCACUUGUCCUUUGAUUUUCCUGGAUGGAUUUACAUCACCGGGCUUCAGGAUGCUGGAGGCUUUCAACCUCACUGACCGGACGUACGCUGCCGUCAAAGGCAUCUCCAUGGAACCAGGGUCCUUCAACAGUUAUGUAACCUACCGGCUGCACAAGAACGCCGGCCUCUCCCAACCCACAAAGGAGGUUCACCCAGAGGGUCUGCCACCGACCUACACGAUCAUCCUCCUCUUCCGUCUCCUCCCGGAUACACCCACAGAGGCUUUCGACAUUUGGCAGAUCUCCGACAGCGGCAACAAACCCGAAGUCGGAGUCACUGUUGACCCAUCCAGUAGGACAAUCACAUUCUACAACAAGGACACCAGGGGCGAGAUACAGAGAGCUACAUUCGAUAGCGAGCCAGUGAGAAAGAUCUUCCACGGAAGCUUCCAUAAGCUGCACAUGACCAUCACUCCGAAGAGCGUCAAACUCAACGUGGACUGCCAGACGGUGGCCGAGAAGGAGAUUAAGGAGGCCAGAAACGUGUCUGUGGAUGGCACUGAGACCCUGGGCAAGAUGAGGAAUUCGAAAGGUUCAGCAACAUUCCAGCUCCAGAUGUUCGACAUCGUCUGCAGUGCAGGCUGGACCAGCAGGGACAGAUGUUGCGACCUGCCAUCGAUGAGAGAUGAGGCGAAAUGUCCCGCUCUUCCCCACUCCUGCACAUGUGCUCAGGAUAGCAUCGGCCCUCAAGGACCCCCAGGACCUCCGGGUGGUCCUGGUACAAAGGGACCCCGCGGCGAAAGGGGAGACCUCGGCCCGUCUGGUCCCAUGGGCCCGCGGGGGGAACUGGGCCUGCCAGGACCAAUGGGGCCACCAGGCCCACAAGGACCCAACGGGUUGUCUCUUCCCGGUGAGCCGGGCCGCCCAGGACCCAAAGGAGACACUGGUGAUCCCGGUCAACCUGGACGCCAAGGUUCACCUGGACAAGCUGGUUCUGUAGGCCCGGUCGGACCAAUCGGACAAAGGGGACCCCCUGGAAAAGAAGGACUCGCUGGACCCAGGGGCCCCUCAGGUCCAAUGGGUAGCCCUGGAGCUCCUGGAAUGCCAGGACCUACUGGAAAGCCGGGGAAGCCGGGAGACACAGGGCACCCUGGAGCCAUUGGCCUGAAAGGAGAGAAAGGCGAAAGGGGGGACUUUGCGUCUCAGAACAUGAUGCGAUCCAUAGCCAGACAAGUCUGUGAACAGCUGGUCAACAGUCAAAUGAGCAGGAUCGACAUGAUGCUGAACCAGAUCCCCAACGGUUACCGUAGCAACAGUCCUGGUCCUGUUGGGCCUCCUGGGCCGCCUGGCAGUACUGGGUCUCGUGGCGAACCAGGUCAGCCAGGAAGAAGUGGCUUCCCAGGAACUCCAGGGUUGCCUGGGCAACAGGGAGAGAGAGGGCCACUUGGAGAAAAGGGUGAACGGGGUAGUCCAGGCACUGGAAUCCGAGGACAGAGAGGCCCAUCCGGACCACCCGGCCCGCAAGGCGAGUCGCGAACGGGACCUACCGGCCCCACGGGCUCCUCCGGGCCUCCUGGACCCUCAGGUCGUCAGGGUUCCCCCGGCAUCCGGGGUCCACCUGGUCCCCCUGGGUACUGCGACUCCUCCCAGUGUGUGGGCAUCCCUUACAAUGGACAAGGUUACCCAGACCGCUUCCAGCCCAGGCCUGAAACCUACGUAGUGCCAAUCCCAGUGGAACCCUCAGAAGACUAUGAAACAGAAAUUCAGUCACAAAACCAGCGUGGAAAGCGGUCACUAUCAAGAGGGAGAUCCCAAAGGAUAGCACCAUAAAACAAAAUCAAACAAAAAAAAACAAAACACGAGGAUGAUGCCGUUUUUUGCCGUCAUUAUUAAUUUUCUAUUUUCCACAUAUGCUUGCAUUGAGGUAAAUUUGCACCAGAGUGUGAGAACAUACCUUGGGUAAUGCGUGACUGUGGCGGUGGCGAAUAUCGGCCGAAUUUGCGAGUCUUUCAUUGAAAACCUGUGAGCUUGCUCUCUGUACCUUGAAGUGUCUCCGCUUGUAAAAUAACUGCGCUAAUGUGUUUACUACAGUCCUAUGUUUAAUUCAGUCGUGUCAAAGUUAGCAUUCACAUGGAAGGUCAGUGUGUGUUUCAUCGUUAAGGCAUCAGGCACCACGAGGUCUGGCUUCCACUCAGCAUUCAUCACGGUUCAUCACAAAUGUCUUCAUGUAAAGUGCUAUGUGUUAUGUCACCAUGACUGUAUGUGGGGUAAUUGGUCUGGGAUCUACCAAAAAAAAAAUUAAAACAUCAAUACUGCAGUUAAUUUCCUUUUAUUUUAGACUAAAUAUUUAUCAGUUUUAUUAUACCAACUCACAGCUGAUUUUACCAAAGGUGGAAUUGCAUGUCUGUGUUGUAUAUUUACUAAGGGUUUUUAAAAAUCAGAAUAUAUAGUUGUUGUUUUUUUUUUUGUUUUUUUUUAACCGAUAUUCAGCGCAGUUGGAAUUGGUUGGCAGCUCUAUGGCUAUAGAAUUGCCGUUUUAACUGCAAAUUGUGAAUUUCACAGCCGUAUUUUCUUAUUUAUUUCUGAAACAGAAGAGGCAUUUUUCAAUAAAACUACUGAAAAUUGUAUCAUCUGUGUCCAUUUCACAUUUGUAAAACUGUAACAAAAAAGAAAAAAAGACAACGAGAUAAACAGGGAAAAAAGAAUUGGUGACAUGCAAUGCAGACUGUGAGUUUUGGGGAUUGUCAGCCGAAAAGUUGUAUUAAAGAUGAACCAUACCUA